AUGACGGGCGAGGUGGUUUCUGAGGUUCACCUUGAAAUUAAUGAUCCCAAACUAAUUUUACAAGAAGCAAGUAGUCCUCCAGACAGUGGACAAGGCAGCUGUGAAACAACUGGAGGCUUGAGUGAAAGAGAUUCAGACGAAGAGAUUUUUGUGAGUAAGAAAUUGAAAAGCAAGAAGGUGCUACAAGACAGUGACUCUGAAACAGAGGACAUAAGUGCCUCUCCAGAGAACACUACCCAUGACAAUGCUGAGGAGGAAAAUAAAGAGAACGUGUAUGCUGACAAAGAUGGAAACGUCAGGAGAAUUUACAGACCUCUGGCUAACAGUGAUGAGAGUGACAUUGAGGAGUCUUUGUAUCAGAAAAAUCUUGAAACCCAUGUGAGGCCUUGCUUAGAGAUGGCUCUCCAAUCUGAAAAAUCUGCUGACUUUACAGUUGACAAAGUGAUUUCCAAAAAAUCCAUACAUGAUAGAAAAGGAAUUACUAGAGGAAAAGCAAAAGUAAAAUCAAAGAGAAGACUUGAGAAAGAGGAAAGAAAAAUGGAAAAAAAUAGGCGGCUAAAAAAGAAGGAAACAAAAACUGAGGAAGAGGAUGUCAAACAGCCAUUUAAUGACAGUGGCUGUCUUCUUGUGGAUAAAGAUCUUUUUGAAACUGGAUUAGAAGAAGAAAAUUCUUCAUUGGAAGAUGAAGAGUCAUUAGAAUCAAUAAGGGCAGCUGUAAAAAGCAAAGUAAAAAAGCACAAGGAAAAGGAAUCCUCUUUGGAGAGUGGGUUCUAUUCAUUUGAAGAAGAAAGCAAAUUAUCAGAAGGCUCCAUGAGAAAGGAAAGGAAGGCAGCCAAGUUAAGUAAGGAGGCACUAAAAAAGCUGCAUAGUGAGACUCAGCGCCUUAUUCGAGAAUCUGCACUUAAUCUUCCAUAUCAUAUGCCUGAGAAUAAAACCAUUCAUGAUUUCUUCAAGCGUAAGCCCCGACCCACUUGCCAAGGAAAUGCCAUGGCAUUGCUGAAGUCAUCUAAGUAUCAGCCAGGCCAUAACAAAGAAGUCAUAAACACUACAAAUACAACUGAAAUGAGUAAUGACUCCUAUAACAAAACUUCUGAGCAGGCAACAGGCACAGAAUGUGAAAUGGAAAUUAAUUCAUUCCUUGCAGCUUCAAAGGAACCUCGCAUCACUACUGUAUCAGAUGAGUCUUACUCUAAGGAUUUGGUGGAAAGUGAAGAGCUAGAAAUUCAGGAGAAACAGAAACGAACUGAUGCUUCUGGGGACAGCUCAGUGGAACCAAAGGAACCCAGCUUCCUAGGGACCAAGGAAAGCGAAGAGUAUCAGGCCGGAGGGUUUGUGACGCCUGAACUUCAUGCCCUGGAGGAAGUCAGAGACCUGAAAAAAACAGAAGCAGCAGAUGGCAAAGUGGAAGAGCCCAGGCAGCAAAUGAAACCAAUGGCAGCUGUGCCACCUGAAAAAGUGAGACGGUUCACGCUGGAUAGACUUAAGCAACUGGGCAUAGAUGUUUCCGUGAAGCCACGGCUGGGUGCUGAUGAAGAAUCCUUUGUGAUACUUGAUGAACCUGAAACCAACAGAGAUCUGGAAGCCUUGAAGCAGCGAUUUUGGAAGCAUGCUCAUUCAACUGCCAAACCCAGAGCCAGUCAGAAGGUGAAUGUCAAUGUCAUUGUGAAAGACGUGGGCAUAGAUGGAAAGGAAGAACUAAAGGCAGAUGUGGUACCUGUGACUUUGGCAGCUGAAAAACUGGAUGAAACAAGCCACACCAAGCCAGCUGAAAAGCUUCAAGUGUUGAAAGCUAAACUGCAAGAAGCGAUGAAACUACGAAGACUUGAGGAGCGUCAAAAGCGCCAAGCAUUAUUUAAAUUAGAUAAUGAAGAUGGGUUUGAGGAAGAGGAGGAGGAAGAGGAAGAAAUGACAGAUGAAUCUGAGGAAGAUGGAGAAGAGGAGGUAGAAAAAGAAGAGGAGGAAGAGGAUGAGAAGGAAGAGGAUAAAGAAGCCAAUCAGGAGAUUGAAGAAUUCCUUCUUAAUAGUGAAGAAAUAGAAACUAAAGAUGAGAAAGAAAUGGAUAAAGAAAACAAUGAUGGCAUUCAUGAAAAUGGCAAGUCAGCUGGCCUUCUCUCCAUUCCCAAGCCCCUCUCAUCAGAUUCCACCUUACUUCUAUUUAAGGAUAACUCUUCCAAGAUGGGUUACUUUGCUUCUGAAGAAAAGUCGGAAACAGAUGAAAACUCAAGCAAAAGGCCUAGCAAACUGGAUGAAGAUGAUUCAUGCUCAUUGCUGACAAAGGAGAGCAGCCACAAUAGCAGCUUUGAGUUGAUUGGCUCCACGAUUCCAUCCUAUCAGCCUUGCAAUAGACAAGUAGGCCGUGGGACCAGUUUCUUCCCUACAGCAGGAGGAUUCAGAUCUCCUUCCCCUGGGCUAUUUAGAGCUAGUUUGGUCAGCUCAGCUUCUAAGAGUUCAGGGAAGCUGUCUGAGCCUUCACUUCCCAUAGAGGAUUCCCAGGAUCUGUAUAACGCCUCCCCAGAGCCUAAGACACUUUUCCUAGGAGCAGGAGACUUCCAGUUCUGUUUAGAAGAUGACACUCAGAGCCAACUGUUGGAUGCAGAUGGGUUCUUAAAUGUUAGGAACCAUAGGAAUCAGUACCAGGCUUUGAAGCCCCGACUGCCAUUGGCCAGUAUGGAUGAAAAUGCUAUGGACGCUAACAUGGAUGAGCUGCUGGAUUUGUGUACUGGAAAGUUCACGUCUCAGGCUGACAAACCUCUACCCAGGAAGAACGACAAGAAAGAGAACAUGGAGGAGCUUCUGAAUCUUUGCUCAGGAAAAUUUACUUCUCAGGAAUCCUCCACUCCAGCUCCAUCCGAGUUAAAUAAACAGGAAAAGGAGAGCAGCACAGGAGAUCCAAUGGAAGAAGCAAUUGCUCUUUGCUCAGGCUCUUUCCCAACGGACAGUUUUAAGGAAGAAGAAGGUGAAGAGGAGGAAUUUGGAGACUUUCAGCUUGUUCCAAAUGAUAAUGAAUUUGAUAGUGAUGAGGAUGAACACAAUGACCACAGUGAGUCUGGUAAUAAAGAUAUGGCGCUGGAAGACCAUGAAGAUGAUGAUGAAGAAGAGGUCUUAAGACAAUCUGAGAAGUUGAAAAGGCAAAUGAGAUUGAAGAAAUACCUGGAAGAUGAGGCAGAAGUAUCAGGGAGUGACGUGGGAAGUGAAGACGAGUAUGAUGGGGAAGAUAUUGAUGAAUAUGAAGAGGAUGUAAUUGAUGAAGCGCUUCCUUCUGAUGAGGAACUACAGAAUCAAAUAAAGAAAAUUCACAUGAAAGCCAUGCUGGAUGAUGAUAAGCGGCAGCUACGUUUGUACCAAGAGAGGUACUUAGCUGAUGGGGAUCUGCACAGUGAUGGUCCUGGACGAAUGAGGAAAUUCCGAUGGAAAAACAUAGAUGAUGCUUCCCAGAUGGACUUGUUCCAUAGAGAUUCUGAUGAUGAUCAAAUUGAAGAACAGUUUGAUGAGACAGAAGCUAGAUGGAGAAAGGAAAGAAUUGAACGAGAGCAGUGGCUUCGGGACCAGGCACAGCAGGGGAAAAUUGCAGCUGAAGAAGAAGAAGAAAUUGGAGAAGACAGUCAGUUUAUGAUGCUGGCCAAGAAAGUUACAGCCAGAGCACUUCAGAAGAGUGCUAAUCGGAAUGUGGUUGUUCAAGAAUCAAAAUCUGUACUGAGAAGCCCUUUUGAAGCCAUCAAACCAGGAAGUGCCCACCAGUUAAAGACUGGCUCUUUACUCAAUCAACCCAAAGCUGUGCUUCAAAAAUUGGCUGCUCUGUCUGACCUCAACCCCACGGCUCCCCGAAAUUCCAGAAACUUUGUCUUCCAUACACUCUCUCCUGUCAAGUCUGAGGCGGCAAAGGACUCUUCUAAACCUCAGGUGAAGCGACGGGGUCCAUCUUUAAUCACAUCUCCUUCACCAAAGCACCUCAAAACAGAUGAUAGCACUUCAGGAUUGAAACGAAGCAUUUUCAGAUACUUGGAAGGCUAA